CAAGAUGCGUCAAUUCCGCUCUUCAAUUUGUCACUGUCACUAUACGGCAAUGCUAAUCGACCAGGGCUCCACAAUAAUGGCGCCAAUCGCGAAGAACUAGGAACUAGGAAGCCUGGUCACCUUAGCUCCUUCUCUGGCUGGCUGUCUGUCCGACGCUGGACAUGACCAGGGCAUGGUCAUGGGCGUGUGAGGCUGGCUUAGGUUUCGCGGGUCCCGGAAAGGCCCCAGACGCUCCGCUGGGACGGGAAGCUCAGACAAUCGAUGCAUGGUUAUCUUCAAAAGAACGUGUACCGUACAGGGGGCAGGGACAUUGCACAUACAUAAGAUCAAAAAAGAAGCAGAAGGCGGUGAUGACUAUGAUGAUGAAGAUGCUUAGCACACACCGAUGGGUCUCCGCUUUUUUCACGUUUUCAGCAUCGUGCCGGUCUAACAUUCCCACCUGGGCAAUCGUGAACCCGUCAUCUGCCAUGGCAUCGGGGCUCGACUAUCUCAUACAUUCUUUCGUCAGGCUGUUUGAUCCGCACGCAAGGCACGGUCCUGAACGCCCUCGGCCCUUCCAGGGAUCCAUGAUCAUGGAAAGAUGGAUGGGGCUGCUAGGGUCCCGGAUCUUUCAUGGAGCUCUGACUUGUAUUCUUGGGAUAUUCCGUGCGCGCGCACUGUUCAAGUUGAGGCCGGCCACGAUGUGAGCUCCCAUGCUGACCUUUUUCUCUCCCACCCUUCAUCCCCCUUCCCCAAAGUCUGGUCAUGCAUAAUGUGCCUUUUGGCGCGCGUUUGCAUGUGUACUGCUCGGCCCCUGGUCUUCUGGGUGCCAUAGUCCGGAUCGGACACGAGAUGGGGCUUGCUUUCUCAAUCACUUUUGUGGCCUUUCGCCAAACACCCCCGCUCGCUCAACUUUUCUCCGUCUUCUGGGCUUUCUGU